AUGGAGGACAUUCAAACCCAACUUCUACAGAACAUUCAUCAAGAGAUGAUCAACGGUUCGUUCAGUGAUAUACAGGUGAUUUGUAGGGAUGGGAAAACAACCGGAAGUCGGCUCGUUCUGGCGGCGCUUUCCCCGUUCUUCCGGGCCAUGUUUACAUCAGACAUGGCAGAGAGGCGGACGAGCGUCCUGGAACUUCCAACUGUGGCUCUGUCUGUAUUUCAGGAUAUUCUCAAGAUGUAUUUCUGCAAAAUUAAUAUUUUGGAUGAAGACAACUGCCUGCAUAUUUUAGACGCUGCUGAGAUGAUGCAGCUUGAUCAUAUUAAACAACUUUGUAGCAUCUACCUGAACCAAAGUCUCGACCUGACUCCUAUAAAUUGUUUAAAAUGGUGGAGAAUCUUGAAAGUCUACAAUUUUCUUGAAUUGUCCAAACGGGCACUUUCCUGUUUCACUGAUAACUUGGCUGAUUUUGUGAAAACGGAAAAUGUUAUUCAUCUUUCAAAGACAGAACUUUUGGAAAUAAUUUCCACAGAUGACUUAACCUGUAAAGAAGAUGACAUUCUGAAAGUCGCCAUGAAAUGGAUUGAACAUAAUAACCCGAAGCAGGAGGACGUCCAGAGUAUUUCUGAAAGUAUGCGACUUGAUAUUGUUGACCGACAAUUUCUUGUUAAUGAGGUAGCCUUUUCAAAGAUCGUUCUCGAGAAUGGCGCUGUGAGGAAAAUGAUACAGAAAGUGUUAUAUCCGUACGAUCCACGACUGCCAACUAUAAGAAGUUCACUUGCUAAAACACCUGAUGUCUUCGUACUACACCGCAUCGGCGAGUUUCGUCUGUCUUGUUUCACGUCAGCAGACAAGUGGGAAGACGUUCCGCCAGCCCCAGUAAAUCCUGGAUCAAAUUUUUCAGCAGUGAGUUUGGAUGGCAAGAUCUGCAUCACUGGUGGUGAUACACAAUCUAAAUGUACACUGGUGUAUGACACCAUUAGAAAAGUGUGGAACGUAGGUCCAGACCUCAACCUUGGACACUGGUAUCACUGUACAGCCACAGUUAGAUCUAAAGUGUAUGUAAUAGGCGGUUGUGAUACUAAUACAAUAGAAGAGAAAAGCGAGAGUGAGGAGCAAUGGCAGGUGGUUGGUGAUUUGGGAUUCACCAGAUCGGGUGCUUUUCCUGUUACAGUUGGUGAGAACAUCCUCGUUAUGGGAGGACUAGUAAACCUCAGGUGGUCAGAUCUCAUCCAGUGUUUUAACACUACAACUGGCGCUGUCACCAAGAUGAAUACAAAGUUGCCUUGUACCUCCUUUAGACAAACAGGAUCUGUUCGCCUCCCAGAUGUAUAUCUGUUGGACAUUCGUGGCAACGUGACGUAUUUUCACGUCAUUGAGAGAAACGGAGAAAUACAUAUUGAGAAUAAACUAACAGCUGAGUGGAAACCAUUUGGUGUUUUCUAUGAUAUCGUCCACCGAGAUGGAAACCUGCUGUCUUUUACAAGAGAAGGAAUCAGUAAAUUCAACCUGGCUGAAGGAAAAAAAGAAGAAAGUACAUUCCCAGAACCACCUAGAAUUGGCUAUGUGUUCAGUGCCCUGACAAUUUGACUCGGGAUACACUACAAGGAUAUGUCAUUAAUCACAGUGUCACUGGUCGUCUUGUUGACACGGGAUACACUACAAGCUACGCCAUUAAUCACAGUGUUACUGACCGUCUUGUUGUCACGGGAUAUACUACAAGGCUACGUCAUUAAUAGCAGUGUUACUGGCUGUCUUGUUGUCACGGGAUACACUACAAGGCUACGUCAUUAAUCACAGUGCUACUGGCUGUCCUGUUGUCACGGGAUACACUACAAGGCUACGUCAUUAAUCACAGUGUUACUGGCCGGCUUGUUGUCACGGGAUACACCAUGAGGCCACGUCAUUAAUCACAGUGUUACUGGUCAUCUUGUUGUCACAGUGUUACUGGCCGGCUUGUUGUCACGGGAUACACUACAAGGUCACGCCAUUAAUUACACUACAAGGCUACGCCAUUAAUCACAGUGUUACUGGUCAUCUUGUUGUCACGGGAUACACUACAAGGCCACGUCAUUAAUCACAGUGUUACUGGCCGGCUUGUUGUCACGGGAUACACUACAAGGCCACGCCAUUAAUCACAGUGUUACUGACCGGCUUGUUGUCCACGACAACAACGACAUUUAUGGACAUGUCUAGACAUUUCAUUAUGAUAAAUCAGUUUCUUUUCAUGUGCAUACAUACAUAUAAGACACGGGUCAUGUUUGCUCAUUGAAAGAAAGAAAGAAAUGUUUAAUUUAACGACGCACUCAACACAUUUUAUUUACGGUUAUAUUGCGUUAUAUGG